UCCAUUCUUGGCACAAAUCUCUAGCUUCUAUUUUAGUAGGAUCUCAAUCCGCAUAAAUGAGCCCAACAGUGAGCAAAUUGGCCCAACAAUAAGUUAUAUAACGCACAACCCCGGAAAACUUCCACAACUCAACUCAAGCUCGUAGCUUUUCUCUUUUCUCAUCUUCCAUAUACCGAAACCCUAUAUCCGAAAACCCUACCUUUCUGCCGCGCCAUGGCCAAGAAGCGAAAGACCCGAGCUUCGAGCCGGCCUGCAGCCGAACCAGAGCAAAUCCAAAAUCAAGAGCCAGAGCAGGAAAUAGCGGAUCACGUUCCAGAGCAACAGGUAGAAGAGUUAGUAGAAGAUGAAGUGGAAGAGGAAGCAGAAGAUGCGGAUCUUGAAGAAGAGGAUGAUGACGAGGGCGAAGAAGAAACUCAGGAAGAUACGAAAGCGGAUCCGAUGAAAACAGAUGCGGAAAUCGGAAAAGAUUUCCCAUCAAUUGAUUCUGGAUCUACUCAGAAAUCCAACGGUGAGGAGAAGGAGGUUACGUUGACCGAUGAAGUCGAUGACGACGAUGACGAGCCACUCGAGAAGGUUCUGGAACCUUUCUCGAAGGAACAGCUCAAAGCUUUAAUUCAGGAGGCGGUGACGAAACACCCUGAUGUCAUGGUAAACGUUAACACAUGGGCGGACAAAGAUCCCGCCCAUAGGAAAAUCUUCGUGCACGGUCUCGGCUGGGACACGACUACUGAAACCCUGAUUACUGUGUUUGGGAAAUACGGGGAAAUUGAGGAUUGCAAGGCCGUCACUGAUAAGGUCUCAGGGAAGUCUAAAGGUUAUGCCUUCAUACUCUUCAAGCACAGGAGCGGAGCAAGGAAAGCUUUGAAAGAGCCCCAGAAAAAGAUAGGCGGCAGGGUCACAUCGUGCCAGCUGGCUUCUGCAGGUCCUGUUCCGGCUCCCCCACCUACCGCUCCAGCUGUGUCUGAGUAUACGCAGAGGAAGAUUUUCAUCAGCAAUGUUGCAGCAGAGUUGGAUCCCAAGAAGUUGUACGAUUUCUUUUCUAAAUACGGUGAGAUUGAAGAAGGACCUUUGGGGUUGGACAAGAAUACAGGGAAACCAAAAGGGUUCUGUUUGUUUGUUUACAAGUCUGUUGAGAGUGCAAAGAAGGCUCUAGAGGAGCCUCAGAAAAGUUUUGAAGGGCAUACACUGAAUUGCCAAAAAGCAAUUGACGGCCCAAAGCAGAGUAAGGGUUAUUCUCCGCAACAACAGCAUCAGCCACAUUAUUCACAACAUCAUCAACCGUAUUAUCAGCACUCCGCAAAGAAGGGGAAAUACUCCGGUGGUGGAGGAAGUGCAAAUACAUCUGCUGGGCAUUUGAUGGCUCCAGGUGCUGGGACAGGACCGAUGGGGUUCAAUCCAGCUGUUGGUCCAGCUCUUGGACAGGCACUGACUGCCUUACUAUCUACACAAGGAGCCGCUGGACUAGGGAUUAGUAAUCUACUUGGAGGACUUCCUGUGAACCCUCAUGGAGCUCCACCUGCGGUGAACAAUGCAUCCGGGUAUGGGGCCCAGGGUGGUGCAGGAGGAUAUGGGAGUCAUCCAGGACUGCAGGGAGGAUAUCAGAACCCAUCAAUGGGUCAGGGAGGAGUGAGACCACAAGGUGGUGCCCCCUGGCGUGGCCAUUAAGUCCAUUAAGCCUUAGAGAAGAUACCUUCAAAAAUGCAUCACUCUUUUUGUUUUGGACUGGUGAUUCUUCUGAGGUUCCAGAAUCAAAAGCAAAUGAUGUAUUUUACUUUGGGAAAAAGUUACUGAUUGUUUAAAGACCAGAAUGUUCAUUUUUCUACUUUCUUCAAACAGUUUUAUUCUAGCAGUUGUUUUCUAAAUCUAUGGCCACCUUUAUGGCCUUUGUAUCUCUCUGUAGCACUUCUCUUAUCGCACUUUUCAUUUAAAAACUAAUCGAGGUUCUGAUAGUGUAUCCUCACCAACAUUUCUCUGAAUUUUAUUUCUGGCGGUUUCUCUAUCAUUUCAACAUGUUUUUGUGGGAAUUGGUUAAUCUUAAAGCUGAUUGAAAUGUCAUUUGCAAAUUGCACAUUUGAUACCCGACCCUAAAGUUCACACGGAGGACUGCAACAAGAUUUUUUUACAGUUAUAACAAAAUCUGCAUCCAAGCUGAUACUUUUGGUGGAUGGUUCUGAACUUCUGAUAUAUUUAUUUCCUUGGCAGCUUCUAAUGUCUGAUGUUGCAGGUGACUAUUGCCGUCUCCUAUGCAUCUUCAUUCUAUGGGUCCACACCAUCUAACUUUGCCAUUUAACCUUAUUUACCUUUUCUCAUUUACUGUUAUAUCUAACCACAUUCUUACUUGUACGCCUAAACAAAAAAAUUCUUGUGCACUUGUGUUUGAGCACUUCAACCAAUUUUCUCAAAAACUAAUAUGGCAUGUUUAACUUGGCUUUGCAUUUCCAUCAACGCCUAUAGUAGAUUAAGUUCAUUCUACUUGCCCUCAAAUAAUCAAGAAAACUUAAAAGUUUUUAAUGAAAAGCCAGCUUGGACUUGAACUGAUUUGGUUACCCAACUCAUUUUAGAAACCCACUCACUCACUCAAACACUUAUUAUUGUGUCACAUUCCCAUUCGCAUUCAGAUAUAUACUUUCUUCUCGACUUAGUGCAUUCUAGGUCAUUAAGGUGGGCAUGCAUGGUUAUAGUCUGCAAUCUGCCAUUAUCAUUCGCAUUCCUAGACUCCUUGCAGUGGACAAAUUGGAGCUAUAAGUUGAUACCAAGGAGAACUUAUAAUUUGCCAAAUAAGGAAGAGAGAAGAAGUGUGAAGUUUAUUUUGGAACUACCCCAAAAGAAAAGUGUGAAGUUUAUUUAGGACCGGAGGGAGUAUGUCUUUUGAUGUAGAAGAAUGAACAUCAUUCUUAUGUUGAGAUUUCUUAUAUAUCGUCAUUAUCGUGCAUAACUUCUCUUAUAAGUAAUUAAUUAAUAGGAGGAGAGGGAUCACACUUAAAUUACAGAUAAAUAGCAAAUAUAUGUACCUUCAAAACAAAUUGGAGUUGCGAUGCUAUGCUUUGGAGCUCUGCAACGGUGAAUAUAGAUAGCAGCAUCGAAUGAAUAUGGAAGGGUAGCUUUGAGAAUUAUUACGUAUAUUAAAACCGCUGGAGCCUAAACGCUUGGUUAUGCAACAUUUUCUUUUUUGGCGCUUCGACCCAAACUGCUAAGUCAAUCCGCUAAGUACCAAACACUUAAAUUCGGCUUUUUUCAGGGCUUCAAAACUCCAAAUCCAGUCAAACUCGCCAAAAAUGGGCUGAACAGCUGUUUUCCAAACAUGGUUAAUGGCAAACGUGUAAUGUGGAGGUUGGACUGUUGUAAUUUAAAAAGAGUGGAAGAAGUAUAAUUUUG